AUGGCGCUUAAGGCUUUCCAAGGCCGGCUGGCCGCAGGGAUUGGCAAGGACUUGCGAAUCUAUGAUCUGGGCUUGAAGCAGUUGCUUCAAAAGGUCCAAGUUGAGGUGGCGCCGCAACUGAUUGUCUCUCUAAACACUCAGGGCAACCGUAUCGUCGUCGGGGAUAUCCAGCAGGGCGCGACGAUGGUUAUUUUCGAUCAUGAGUGUCAGAAGCUAAUUCCUUUGGUUGAUGAUACAGUUGCACGCUUGACAACCUGUACGGCGAUGAUUGACUCCGAAUCAGUGGCUGGGGGUGAUAAAUUCGGUAACCUCUGGAUUGUUCGAUGUCCCAGCAAAGCAAGUCAGGAGGCAAAACAUGGUGGAAUUCGCCUCACCAAUGCCCAGCAGCAUCUGCAUGGGGCACCAACAAGAUUCGACCCAGUGGCCCAUUUCUUUACCCAAGAUAUACCGACUAGCAUCACCAAGACCAGCCUCGUCGUGGGUGGCCAGGAUGUCAUCCUCUGGAGCGGCUUGCAGGGCACUAUCGGCGUGCUCAUUCCCUUCGUCACGCGCGAGGACGCCGACUUCUUCCUGGCGCUAGAGGCGCAAAUGCGUUCUGAAGACCAAUCACUUGUCGGCCGCGACCACCUGAUGUAUCGUGGCUAUUACGUCCCGGCUAAGGGUGUCAUAGACGGAGACCUCUGUGAGAGGUUCAGACUGCUCCCAGUAGAGAAAAAGCAACAAAUUGCGGGAGAGCUUGGCCUCCGUGUGACGGAAGUCGAACGAAAGAUCUCAGAAGCUCGAACUCGAUCCGCCUUCUAA